ACAAUUCGUUCACGACCAAUAUCUACAGGAUUUGUUGCUUUGCACAAUGCAUGUCUGAUCUCGGCCCCCUUCGUGUAUACGGUGACAGAGGGUCUACCUCGGGCUCCAGUGCUAGACUUACGCAUCGCAGAUCAAUGUAGCUACGAAGUACAGUCGAUCCGUGUCGCAGCAACAUGCAAGUUCGCAUAUAUUUGCAGGAAGGACAUCAGAGCUGUCCUGCGAACGUUACGCAUAGGUCAGUGCUGCGUUGAGGAUCAGACUACGCGUCCCUUCGAUCAGGUUGCACUGCAACAAGAGGCUGGCAAGGCUGAACUCUAACGCACCACCCUACUCGCCGGCUUGUGGGUGUUCAGAUCCCGUUGCUUCCUCCUCGACCAUCGCAUACCUCUGUUGCGCCGUCUCAACCAAAUCGUGCACAACCGAAGCAAGCGGCGCUGAAGCAAGUCGAGAUGGCUCCCAUCCUGGCUUCGCCUGAAGUGCCUCAAUCUACCGCCAACGUCUCCUCAAGCCUUCCUAUAGUCUUCCAAGGCAACAAGCAGCUCUUGAUCUACGUCGUCUCGGUGCUCGUGGCCGUCCUCCUCUUCCUGUCGGCCGGGGUCUACCUCCUGCGCCUCCGACUACGCCGCCGGCGUAACCAGCAAUCCGGAGGUGUCGACGAAGAAACGGACCCGAAGCUUCUCGACACCCGCUCUGGAGUGAGCCACCGGCCGACGUUGUACCAUGGGUGCUCCUCCAGCAUGACACUGAGUGACAGCACUCCAAACGACAAUGUCGAGAAGGGCGGGACUGGAGCUCUUCACCAAGCCCUGCUAACCUCGACGCCCAAGGGAGCUGAGUCCGCGCCGCCGUCACUGUCGGUUUCAGUCACCGACUUUCCUCCUGCUGUACUGGAGAGCGGGGCUCACGGCGAGCCAAGCGGGCCUUCCUUCUUCAAUAACGCGGGCCUUGCCACUGGAACGUCCGCCACGUCUGGCACACCUGUUCUGAACACGAAACGGCUAACACAAGCCUUCACAGACCAACGACACCUUCAUUGCGGUUCAAUCCGCGGAGAUACCCCGUCCGUCAGUACCCAGAACAGAUGUCCAACACGGAGGUCGCCAGAACACCACGAGUCUAGGGCCAGGCAAGAAGUCGCCCACAAAGGCCCCAGGGCUGAUCGCGGAGAGAGCCUGCUUGACCGCCUCGACGCCAUUCUCGCACAAGAGCCCACCUUUGUAACCCCUGAGGACCCAACACCGUUCCCAUUCAUCGCAGCAGAUCCCACGCGCCGCAGCAGGGUGAUGAGCAUGCUCGACGAAAUCAUCGUGCAGGGGCCUCCGCCGCUCAGUCCAGCCUCGGAGUACGAUUCGGAUGCAUCGAGCACCGACAGCCCGCUCCCGGCGACGCCUCCUGCCAUCGUUGACGACCACGGCUUCCUGCCGCCGCUCGAUCUCGCCUCGCUCCUGCAGGCGCGUCGUUCUGCUCCUGGAGCCAUCGCCCCCGCGCAUGCAGGAGUACUUGGUCUGGCCCGUCAAGAAGACCUUGUCGAAGAUCACCGGCCGCGGCGCUGUUCCUCCGCUGUCGCCCCCGCCAUCGUCCUCGAGGACACCGACGUCGGCGAACCCCCGACGCAGACACCGGACUGCUCCUCGCUCUUCCACUUUGAGGUGUCUCCGGAGAUGGACUACCUGCAGCCGCCUCCGCCCUCGUGGAACGCACCGAGUGAGGAGACGGUGCAGCCUGUGUACGUACCGAGAAGAAUCGUGAGGCCGACCAGCGUUCGCGGGGCCACGCCGUUCCUGAAACCGAGGCGCUCUCAGCUUCGUGGCCAGCCGAGGCCUACAAUUGGACUCGGUCUCUCUGUUGCCCAAGAGCACACGUCUCCGGCGAUCGACGCAGGUGGUGUGCACCUGUCUGUUCCUCCUCGGGCGAUCGCCGCGGCCAGACCCGCUCAUAAGGUGGCGUCGCCAUACACCUACUUCUGA